AUGCCCUCCGAGAAACCAACAAAAGACAAGGACAAGAGCAAGGUGCAUAAGCUGUCGCUGAAGGGCAGCGCGAGGCUCGUCGCAGAAUUUUUCCAAUAUUCUAUCCAUACGAUCCUGUACGCAGGAUCCAAAUAUCCGAAAUCGCGCGUACACCCGUCUGACAGAAGCACCAGGUUCCAGCGAGGCGUAUACCCUGCGGAAGACUUUACUGCCGUCAAGAAAUAUGGCCUCAACAUGUUGGUCUCGUCCGACGACCAAGUAAAAGCAUACAUCAAGAAGAUCAUGUCCCAGCUCGACAAGUGGAUGGUCGGCGGCAAGAUCUCGCGGCUCGUCAUCGUCAUCACCGACAAGGACACCGGCGAGCACGUCGAGCGCUGGCAGUUCAGCGUCGACAUCACCGCACCGCCCAAAAAGUCCAAGUCGUCCUCCGCUGGUGCCGCCGCCGCUGACCAGGAAAACGCCCCGCGCGCCGCGCCGCCCGAGCCGGAAAAGACGGAGCAGGAGAUCCAGGCCGAGAUCGCGGCCAUCUUUCGCCAGAUCACCGCGUCCGUCACGUUCCUGCCUCAGCUCAGCGGCGACUGCACCUUCAACGUGCUCGUCUACGCUGACGCGGACAGCGACGUGCCGGUCGAGUGGGGGGACUCCGACGCCAAGGAGAUCGAGAACGGCGAGCGCGUGCAGCUGCGCGGGUUCAGCACGGCCAACCACCGCGUCGACACGCUCGUUAGCUAUCGGUUAGGCGACUAG